AUGGAGCCUGUAGUCCGCCGCAUUCGUCCGACACCCAGUCGGUAUGUCGCAGGUGUUGUCUCGUUUCUGAACUCUGAUGACCCGCCCGGUUUCGAGCGGUCUCCCCUGCGUAUUGGGUUCUACGGCGAGCCGACCGUCCUGAAUAUCUCCCGCCAUUUCCCGGGUGUGGUGAAUUGGGCCGGCCAGAUGGCGUUGGCGCGACUUGUGCCAAUGCUUUCGCGUGUUCUCACCGGCAACUCGGAUCGCUACGAGCACCAGUGGUACGACGGUACACGCCACGUUCGAGCACUACAGAUGUGGUACUGUAUGCCACGCGUGCGCCGCAGCCCCGCAUUCGCAGAUGCCCGCUACAUCCUCAAGAUAUCUUUGACCAGCAAUCAGCGCACCGCUGGUGUCGAUCUCGCAUAUGCGAUUACCCGGAUACUGGACGGGGCAACAUACAAAUAUGGUCUCGAGCACCGGCCGAGGGUGGUGGGCUUUGCUCACCUCAUACGCGGGCGGGAGAUCGUGGCCAUGGUGAUGAUGGAUGGUAGUGCGCGUACUGUUUUCGAAGAUGCAUUGCGCUCGCAGGACUCGCGUUGGACUGGUGCGUCUCGACAUGUCGUGACAACAUUUCCUCGUCCGCAGGAAGUCUGGGAUCUGCCAGAUGAGGAGGUUGAGCGCAUGGGUCUGCUCCUCCACUUCUUGACUACAUCGCGCCAAACUCGACAGACACGCAACCCCAGGGUUCCCAUGCUGCAACGCGCCACCAUUGUCAGGGAGGGUGUCGAACCAGGAGAUGUAUAG